AUGAGCGAAAGUGCAGAAAUGCCACUCGAAUUGCCACCGACGGAUAUGCUAUACAUGACGUAUGAAGGAAACUGGCUGACAGAAUGUACCGCAAAGGUUUUGUCUGUGAGCGCGCACAACCCUGGUGAAGACGAGAGUGUUGCUCCCUUGGCUAUCUGUCUGGAUCGGACCGUCAUGCACGCCCAAGGGGGAGGGCAACCAACCGAUGUCGGCCGUCUCGAAAUAACCGCGACGGGAGUGAGCGUCGACGUAUCAAAGGUUUUGAUUGACAGAGAAACUGGUGUAGCGACGCAUUUUGGGACGCUUAGCGGAAAAACGCCUCCUCGAGUUGGAGAUGCGGUCACAGUGAAGCUCAACGUCAGCCAACGAAGGAUUCUCUCGGAAUGCCAUACAGCAGGGCACGUGGUCGACUCGGCAAUGGCCCGUUGCGGUAAAUUGAUGGAGCCGACCAAAGCCUAUCACUUCCUUGAUGGGCCAUACGUGGAAUACAAAGGCUCCGUCCCGAUUGAAGAGCGCGACAGCGUUUUGCAAGAGUUACAGGAAGCGUUUUGCCAACUAGUCGACGAAGGCUUUGAUACAAAGAUUGAUAUUUUGUCAAAAGAAGAGGCAGAUGAGUUGUGUAAUCGUCAAGCUCAAAACUUUGAUGUAAAUCUGUUUGCUGACAAACGUACGCAACAAAUUCGUGUUGUGACAGUCGCCGGAUUUCCUUGUCCUUGUGGAGGAACCCACGUCCGAUCCACUACUGAGCUGAAACAAGGCCGGUGGGGAAUCACUGGCCUCAAAAGCAAAAAGGGUGUGGUUCGAGUUAAAUACGGAAGGACAUCAUCCUCGUAA